AUGGCCGCGCAAAUGUCAACCCGCGCCCUGCGCGCGGAGUUUCUGCAGACCGGACACAAGGAAUCCCUACCGGAUUUCCUCAGAAUACUUGAGGAGAACCUGGGCGAGACCAACCCACCAGCACCGCCACACAGAACAGAAUUCGUGCGGUUCUCACAAGGGCUUUUUUCCCACGGUAUAAGGUUAGUUUGAAGAAGAUGGGCAUAUGAGUGUAAAUAUGUUGCUUCUUUUUUCGUCAUGCUGCAAUGAAAAGAGCGAUGAAAAUCACCAGCAAAAAAUCUGUCAUGCAUAAACGGCAUUCCAAGGUGAACUCCUCCCAUCACAAGUUUUCGUCGCGGCUCUGGAGAUGGCAAAUGACGAAAAAUUGAACGGGCAAGGCAUGGAAUUUUCAAAAACCUGCUUGCUGGCGAGGGAUGACUUUGUGUUGGCGUAUUGAGUUACAUGUGAUGCUUUGUAUUGCAUAGCAAUAUACGACCACUUUUAUUGUCAUGUCAGCCAGACUAUCGGAUAUUGUAAUUGUUGAUUAUUCGGAAUCCAAGUCCAACACAUCCUGUCACACAUUAUCAGGUGGAAGCCACUCCUGCCGAAGAUAAGGAUGUUUAUCGCAAAAGAAACCACGAGUAUACCCGGGGAUCUAGCCAGAAACUUCAUCGACGCCUGGUUUACCUGGGAAAACAUAUGGCUCACGGAAAGGGAGUAUUGCUUUCGUUUUGACAUAGUGCAUUCUGCAUUUACAAGAUGUAGCUGUACUAGUACUUUGGCAUGCAUAACAAACAAGUCUUCGUCAGCAUCACUAGAAUUACGAUUUCUUAUGAACACGACCUUGCUCUAUCAGGGACCACGCUGUGGAGGCGCUGCAGCCCCUGGCCAAGGCGAUUCUGAGUCUCGGGCCCUUUCUCGAGUCAAGGAGAAAGGAGAAACUGCACCCGCAUCCGAGAGUGCUGGCGCAGAGGGUACAGUAGGUUUGAGUUUUUUGAAUUGCAGGUGAUAUUAGUUCCGCGGCAAUCAUAAUUGACUUUUUCAUGCAAUUUUCCUUUUCCAGCACAACACGGAGGAAAAAUUUUACUCGAAAACGAUCGCACACACCUUCUUCAGGAAAUCUCCUACCGGUCACUUAUCGGAUUCCUGCAGAGCUUAUCCGUGCUUUCAACCCAGUGCCUGUCCAGCUUGAGCCGGGAACCCGCUCCGGAUCCGAGAUUGUUUCUGCUCAUGGAUUACCUCCUCGCGAAGUCAAACCACCCACCACCAGAAGGGUACUUAUAAUAGCCGGAGCAGCGUGAGUGUGCAACUUUGUCUUGUAUCACUUUCACGACUGGCAUGAAGCGAUUCGCUUCGUUUUGCACUGGACGCAUAAACGAACAAAAUGCAAACCCUCAUACAAUAAAACAGCACCUUCUGUGUCCAGGGAAUGGCAGAAACACCGGACAUUCACUUCGUAGACAACGGGUCAAAUAUCAAGCUGUCCUCCUACGCUUUCCGCUUUGAAGAGGAGAAGGGCACGGUACAUGACGGCAGUCGUUUUUUUUUAUAAAAAAAAUGAUGCCGCCGCAUAAUUUUUGAUUUUGUCAUGCGUGCUGCGCAUUCUUGUAGGAAUUUGUCGUGCACAAAACCGAAGCCAAAGUUCAAAAAAAAACACAGCUGAACCGCGCCACCGACUUGCUGUCCAGCUUCGAAGCGGUGAUAAACGUCCUGCAAGGCAUACAGUCUGCGGACCUGAUGCGGUUGAACCCUGCUUUAGACCAGCACCCAAGCUUGACCGACACUAUGCUGCACUUUGAAAAGACGUUCAAGAAGAGCAAGAGGGUGUUUCUGGAACCGGACAAUCUGGUGUAGCGAGUGAGGUGGGAUGAAGCAGAGGAGGAUGGGGAAAAGAAUCCUGUAAAGUGUAUGACAACAUCUUCAAUCUUCACAAAGGUUUUAAACCAAUAUAGACUCGAGACCGUCAAGACAAGACCAAGACAACUGAGAAAGUAACUAUUUGUAAUCAUCAAAGUAGCCGGAGGUUAUUUGCUCUGGCAAAACCACACGAGACGCGCCACGUCUCGUGAACUGAAUGACAAACGCGGAAUGGCUCAACAUUCUGGUAUACUUGAAUUUGGUAGCAAACGAACUGACGCAACUGAUACUGAGGAACUGACCUUGUAAAAAGAAUAAAACGCGAGGAAAAUAAUUCUUGACGCUGCUGGCGGUCAAAAACAAAA